AUGCCCAUCAAACUACCCAGGGGAUUUCAAAGAAGGAAAUCUUCUGGUCAUGCCUUGGACGAGGUGCGCAGUCCCCCGGGAGAGUCGACCUUCAGGGUGCUUGAGAGACCGGCGAGCAAAGGCAAAUCAUUUGAUGGAGGAGUACACCUGAGGAUGACGAGCACAGGAGGUCCAAUGCCCCCGCCAAAAGACCACGACGGCAAUGGGGAGGUUGAUAUCUUUGCGGUGGGCCGCCCGGAUGCAAGCAACCGGGGAAGUGGUGGUACUGAACGUUCACACUCUACCGCCCCUUAUGACAGUGCCGCAUCCUCUGCCCGGCUGAGCACCUCGUCGACAAAUCCCUCGUCCAUCGACACCAAGUCAGAUAAGAAUGUCCAGGCCCCAGGAACAAGACCUUACAAUGACAUCCCUGUUCCUCCUCCUGCGUCGGCGCGACCUGGAUUCCUCCGCAGCCCUGCGAGAACGUUUUCCUUCGGGGUUGUCAAGGGCAGCCGAGGAUCGCCGACCUCGCCAGAUGCUGCCCUACCGCCGCUUGUCAACAACAGGAGGAACAGGACGGUCACAGAGAGCACGGCGAGUACUGCAACACCCCCUAAGCUGUUCGAUUCGGAUUUAGCAUUGGAGAACUCGGAAUUGGAUGCAUUCGGAAACAUGUUCGACCAUAUUGGGUCUAGUCCUGACCCGGGCCCAACGCGGCUUAUACACCAAGAGGUCACCGAUUCCUCUCCCGUCACAAGUUAUCCGCCCACUGCCUAUCCAGGCGGCAGUGCCCUUCGUACCAGUCGAGCACCUCCUCCCCAUCCCAUCGCUACCGACCGAUCACAAGCUGUUGAAUCAUCACCUUAUUCGUGGAACUCUCAGACCUCUCGUGAUGGCUUGAUGCGAUCUCCUAGCCCUUCAACGACGAUUACCCAAGGUAGCCCCGUGAGAUCCCGAGAACCAGCCACGCAGACAGGAAGGUUCGGCUCUAUGUCUGAGCUCUCCACUUCAAUGGCUUCGAGAAGGCCCAUCGGUCCAAAGGUUACAACACAAGAGGGGGACUUACACCCGGCGCCGUUGUCACCCACCAAAUCCCGGGAAAGUGCCCCACCCUCAGCAAGCUCGGCACGAGACGCUAUGGGUUUGUCACCAGCUUCAGAAUCCAGUCCCACAUUUGAUCCAGUCAUUGCUGAAAAUGCCCAGCUGGCCCACAUGUACCAGGAGACCAAGGACCCUCCGCCCAAGCCCACCACGGGCAACAAAGUCAUGACGCCUGCCCAGUGGGAACGGUACAAGGAACAAAAAGAGAUGGAUCGGCGACUAGGUGCAUUGUCUGACGACAGCGCCUCGGAAGCAGGCGAUAAUUCAGACGAUGAUGACGAUGAGCUUGAAAGAAGUAAACAAGCUGCGAAGCAACGACGGAAGCAAGAAGCUCACCUCGCUGUCUACCGGCAGACGAUGAUGAAGGUGACAGGAGAGGCUCCGCCCAACCGGCCGGGAAGCAGCCUCAGCGCUCUACGGCCAGGAAAUGGAAGCUCAACAGAUCUCAACAACCGCAUGUCGCAUAUCACCCUGGAUUCAAAGACUUCUGGCAAGAGCAGUGGGGAAGACGAGGACGAGGAUGAGGAUGUGCCUCUAGGAAUUCUUGCCGCACAUGGAUUUCCCAACAGAAACAGGCCGCCAACACGACUGGCGACAUCGCCGUCCAACUCAAAUCUUCGAGCUGUCAGUCAGAACCAGGGAGCGCCGUCGGUGAAGGGAGGCAAUCUGCCCGUCUUUGCUCGACAAUUACCACCGGAUCCUUACUACGGAGCAGGUCUCGUCCAACCUUCGAACCGUGAAGCACUGGCGCUGCAUCCCACUGCCGUUCCCCAGGGGGCUGGCCCUUCGACUGCUCAUCCCAUACACCCCUCUGGACUCGUGGGUGUCAUUGCUGGGGAAGAACGCGCUAGAGCCGCUCGGAGAGGCAGUCCUAACCCAGUUGGAGGCUUUGAUAUGCCUCCACAUCCUGGUAUGGCGAGAUCCCAGACCACUGGAACACUCCCGGCAAUGGGCUAUCAAGGAAUGUCACCAAUGCCGGGGAUGCCGCCGAUGAUGCCAGGCAUGCCUCCUGUGCUCACCGCCGGUGAUCAAGCCCAGAUCCAGAUGGCCCAACAGAUGACUCAAAUGAUGCAGAUGCAGAUGCAAUGGAUGCAACAAAUGUCGCAAACCAUGGGCGUGCCGGGGAACCCAGGUCCGAUGAACAUGGCUCAAUACCCAGGCAUACCCAAUCCUGCGCUAUCAAGACCACAAUCCGUGCAUAUGCAGCACCCCUCGGCUCCGCAGGCGAGCCAAAGGACUAUGAGCACACUCAACCCGAGCAUGGCACCGUGGAACUCUGGACAACAACUAUUACCGUCGAUCAACGUCACCGGGAGUUAUGCUCCGUCAAUCGCACCUUCUGAACGCAGCAACAUAGGCCUCGCUUCGAGAUACAGGCCGGUGUCGAUCGCGCCAGAGCCCGAGGUGGGAGCUCAUCGCCGCGCGUCGACAUUCACAUCAACAAGCAUGCGCCCCUGGUCUUCAGUGGACAACGCGGCUCGACCUGGCCAGCAUGGCACCAGACCGUCGAUCAACACUCUUGGCCGGAGAUCGCCUCUGGCCGUCCAGGAUGAAGAUGACGACGAACAAGGAUGGGCGGAGAUGAAAAUGAAGAAAGACAAGAAGCAGAAGAGCUGGGCGCUCCGGAAAGGACAGAACGCCCUUCAAGAAUUGUACAACCCGGCAUCAUGA